UGUAGAAUGCAGGAGAAAUGGGAAAUGGGCAUUAGUAAAGACCUGAGUGACUCUGACCAGGGCCAAAUUGUUAUGGCCAGAUGACUGGGUCAGAGCAUUUCUGAAACGGCAAGGCUCCCGGUCAGCAGUGGUGAGUAUACCGACAGUGGUCUGAGGAGGGUCAAACCGCGACAGGGUAUUGGGAGCCCAAGGCACAUUGGUGAGUGAGGGGAGCAAAGGCUAUCCCGUCUGGUCCGUGCCGACAGAAGGUCUAAUGUGGCACAAGUCACAGAAAAUGUGUAUUAUGGUUACGGGAGGAAUGUGUCACAAAACACAGUGCAUUGCAUCCUGCUGCGUAUGGGGCUGCGUAGCCGUAGACCGGUCAGAGUGCCCAUGAUGACCCCUGUCCACCACUGAAAUCGCCGACAAUGGACACGCGAGCGUCUGAACUGGACCUUUGAGCAGUGGAAGGUCGCCUGGUCCGAUGAGUCCCUUUUCCUUUUACAUCACGUGGACGGCCAUUUAUGUGUGCGGCGUUUACCUGGGGAAGUGAUGGCACCGGGAUGCAUGUGGGAAGACGACAAGACGGUGCAGGGAGUGAUGCUGUGGGCAAUGUUCUGCUGGGAAACACUGGGUCCGGCCAUUCAUGUGGAUGUCAAUUUGACACGCUCCUAAACAUCGCUGCAGCCCAGAGAACCCCCACUAUUUUCAGAAGCACCCUCAGUGAUUUUGAUCUGGAACCGGGCCUGCCAGGAAAUGGAGUGGGAAAUUAAAGGGAGACUCCGGCAGCAUAUUAGAGGGACUACCCUUGAUGACUCUCUGAGAGAACACAGUGCAAUGCCUCAUGAUUUAUGGGACAUUGAGUUAAAAGAAAAGGAAAACUUUACUGAAAUAAAAAGGUUGCAGUGUUUGUGGUACCACAGGAACAGAAAGUCAUUGCUGACCAAUCAGAUAGCAAAUGAUCCACCCUUUUCCCAAACACGGAAGUGUUCAAUUCAUAACGGAGGCCUGUUUUUGUUUUCCGGUCACCCAUGUUUUCACUCGCAUCCACUUGUGGAUCACUUAGAAAAGCCUGCAGGCAUGACAUCACAUCUGCGGCUCACUGCCAGUGAUUCCUCAGCCUGUGUGAUGUCAUAACAGCACUCAUCCCCUCCUCACUGCCUGUAGAGGUUCGAGGUGUCUGUUGCCAUAGUAACAAGAAGAGCACCAUCCAAUGACUGCAGAAUGUAACAGUGGAGACUGUAUCUGUAUACCUUGGCUUUCAUAAUACAGGUUGCAUCAGAAAUGAGUGUCCUGGGUGUCUGAUGAUCAUAUGAAUGUGAUUUUGAGGUGGAAAUGUAUCUGCUGCAGUGAGUGACUGACCUUGAACAGCUCUAUGGUCUUGGCUUCAUGCCACUGUCUGCUACUUCCUUGCUCAAAGUCAAACAGUGUUAAACAAAUCUACAAUCAAGUCAUUAUAAUGCUGAUGUACAAGUCGAGUUAAGCCAGACUGAUUUUUUUAUUUGGAUGCGGAAAACAAGUCUAGCUAUAGAACUAAAUCUAUAGAACAAAGAAAUGUGGUGCACAACAAUCAACCAAGCCAUAUUUUACUGAUCCCUGUUUUGAUAUAGCCAAAUUAGUCAUGCAAAUCAGUGACAACAGAUUUGGAUAUACUGUACAUUUCUUUGUUAAAGGGACUGUUCCACCAAAUUAAAAUUCUGUCAUCAUUUACUUACAUAGUACACAAAAAGAGACGUUUGGCAGAGUGUUAGCCUCAGUCACCAUUCACUUUCAUUUUAUGGAAAAAACUGAAGUGUCAACAUUCUUCCAAAUUUCUUCUCUUGUAUUCCACAGAAGAAAGAAAGUAAUACAGGUUUGGAACCACAUGAGGGCGAGUUAAUAAGGCAGAAUUUUCAUUUUUGGUGAACUCUCCCUUUAAAAUAUCUCUUUUUUUAUUAUUAUUAUUAUUUAGUUAUUUUAUUUUAUUUUUUCAUUAAAAAGCUUUUCUUGGCUACUGUAAAAGGAUGAAAGUCUUCCCCAUCAAAUCUGUUUUUCUCUCCAUCACUCCAUGGAAGGUCAGAGCAUAACCACAUUGUGAAUCUGUCUCCACCCCGGUCCCCUCCCAUCCCUUACUUCAAUGCACCACUGCAGACAGGAUUUCGGGCACAGGGCAAUCUUAAUGACCUUAAAAGGUUUUCCUUACCAAUACUAUUAAAUGGACUUAGCUCCCAUACAUACGUAUUCUACCUUGUGACUGAACUUGUAUACUUGUGUGACCCAUGAGUGUGCUUCCAGACUGACUCAGGAUCAAUAGGGCUUGGCUCAUGCUUGCGUUUUCUUUUUUUGGCCAGUCGUAAACGCACAUCUCAUGCAACCAUAGAAUUACACUGACCUUUCAGUUUUAAUUAGAGAGUGUGCACUAAUGCAAGGUGAAGUACACGGACACUCAUUUGCAUUUUCUUAUCUCUUGAAAAAUGGCUUGGCUGUCAGAUUUUAGAGUCAUGCACAUGUAUGCAUGAUUGGCAUGCAAGCUUUGGCUAUAAAACACACAGAGUGAGCCUGUUGCAAACCCCUCAAGUACCAAUUUGUAUUCAAAACCAUUCAUUGAAAGCACAGGGGAUAUGAUGAGCAUAGAAUUUUUGAUCUAAGAAGGAAAUCAAAGAAUACCAAACAUCUAGGUAUAUCAAAUAUGGUAUGAAACAUUUUUAAAUGGAUUAUGUCUCAAAGGAAUAGUUCACCCAAAAAUGAAAAAUUCUGUCAUCAUUUAUUAACUAUGUCAUUCAAACAGCUGCCCUUUUUCCAUACAAUGAAAGUGAAUGGUGACUGAGGCUGUCAGUCCCUAACAUUCUGUCUCCUUUUGUGUUCGACAGAAAAAAGAAAGUCAUGUGGAUUUGAAGCAACAUAAAGUUAAACCAGUGAUGACAGGGGUUUUUUUUAUAUUUGGGUGAACUAUUCUUUUAAUGUUUUCUAAUAAAAUUAAUCAGGUGUUACAGCAUUAGAAACUAAUGAAAUGUGUGAUCAACUCUAGUUGACCUAUAAAGCACUGCUGUGACUCAAAUUUCCAAAGUAGGUCAUGAAGACACCACUCAUGACGCGUCCCCUUUAAAUUGCCCACUCUGCGUAUAAAGUGAGGAGUGGUAGCGCGGACGGAACGCGUGUUCUGUAAUCUACGAGUCUUUUGGUAUGCACAGCGAUGAUUGAUUGCAGAUUCCAUUUAAGUGACUAAUGGUACAUUGUGUUCAUAUAAUGCAACAGCUAAUGGAGGUAGACAGACAGGUAGGAACCGAUCGGAGACGGGUGCUGUCCAAGGUACUGUAGCUUAUCAUGACUUAUUAUUUAUGGUGUUUUGCAUCUGUUCCCAUGUCUAAAUGAAAAUUGAAGGGCAUUUAGACUGCCUUGCAAUAGUCUGUCACGUUAGUGUCAUUCUGCACACAUUUUAAUGAGAGAAAACGGAGGUGUCUCCAGGUGCACAUAUUAAGAAUGCCAUCUAAAUAUGAAGCUCUAAAGUUGCGCGGUAUCAUUAAUGUAACAACUUGACUGUCCGUUUAAUAGACUAAUUCUUAUUGGACAAGCUACUCCAGAUGUUUCACAUUCAUCAUCUGUACUGUCAUUUGUUGCAACCUGUCUGACAGAGACACUGGCGGCCUGUGUACACUGCUUAAUUCCUCCUUAAAUGUGCACCAGAAAUAUCCUUCUUCAUCCGCAUCCGGUUGUUUUAUUGCUCUCCUUGUCCUUCUCAAACAACCUGCCGUAAAGAAGCUUUGAGGUAGUCAAGGACACACCCGCAUACUGUACCUCUCCUCUGCGCCACUCCUCCCCGCCUGCCCGUUACGCACAAUACGCCGGUGCGCCGAGAGCUACGGCAGACAGUGGCAGCCGGGAUUUAAGGAGUGAUAGGUCUAUUCGCCGUUUCCAUCACGGCCACACGGACACUGGAGUGCUCUAUCAUCACUUCGAGAAGGUUGACGUGACUUCUGGCUCCUAGAGGAACCCUGGGGUUAUUUAGAAGUUUAUCCAAGCAGUCAACCCACCCAGUAACACGCUGUGGCCCUUCGUACUCUACAGCAUCCAGCCCCCUUCUGUGUGGAUUCUCUCCCUCCCUUUUUCCACCCUGAGGUGCCCUACUUCGGUGAAAAGUGCAGGCUUCAUUCUCCUGCAUAAUGACUGUGGUCACUGGCGACCCCUCGGACGAGUCGGCAGCACACCCUGGCCUUCCUCAGGACUACGACCCCGGGGCGGAACAGGAGUGCUGCGAGAGAGUGGUCAUCAAUAUCUCGGGUCUACGAUUCGAGACGCAGCUCAAGACCCUCUCGCAAUUCCCAGAUACAUUACUAGGGGACCCCAAGAAGCGGAUGAGAUACUUUGACCCACUACGGAACGAGUAUUUUUUUGACAGAAACCGACCAAGCUUUGAUGCCAUCCUCUACUACUACCAAUCCGGAGGCAGGUUGCGGCGACCCGUCAAUGUCACUUUAGAUGUCUUCUCAGAGGAGAUCCGGUUCUAUCAGCUUGGAGAAGAAGCCAUUGAGAUAUUCAGGGAGGAUGAGGGAUUUAUCAAGGAAGAGGAGCGGCCAUUGCCUGACAACGAGUUUCAGAAGCAGGUUUGGUUGUUGUUCGAGUACCCCGAAAGUUCUGGGCCUGCCAGGAUUAUAGCAAUUAUAUCCGUUAUGGUGAUCCUCAUCUCCAUUGUCAGCUUCUGCCUAGAAACCUUGCCUAUCUUUCACAGCGACAAGGAGGAGGUGCAAAAAGACUCCAAUGUUGUCACCAACACCACAACCACUUACACAUCCACGUACUUUACAGAUCCAUUCUUCAUUCUAGAGACACUUUGCAUCAUCUGGUUCUCCUUUGAGUUCUUGGUUCGCUUCUUUGCGUGCCCGAGUAAAGCCAGCUUUUUUGUGAACAUAAUGAACAUGAUUGAUGUGGUGGCCAUCAUCCCCUACUUCAUCACGUUAGGAACAGAAUUGGCGGAGAAGGCAGAGGAUGGGCAGCAAGGGCAACAAGCCAUGUCUCUUGCAAUUCUGAGGGUCAUCAGACUUGUACGAGUCUUUAGGAUCUUCAAACUCUCCCGUCACUCCAAGGGACUUCAGAUUCUGGGCCAGACCCUCAAGGCCAGCAUGAGAGAAUUAGGCUUGCUCAUCUUCUUCCUAUUUAUCGGAGUUAUCCUCUUUUCCAGCGCUGUCUACUUUGCCGAGGCGGACGAACCUGAGUCACAGUUCUACAGCAUCCCUGAUGCCUUCUGGUGGGCUGUAGUUACAAUGACAACUGUUGGCUAUGGAGAUAUGGUGCCUACAACCAUCGGAGGUAAGAUCGUGGGGUCCCUCUGUGCCAUAGCUGGCGUGCUGACCAUCGCCUUGCCCGUGCCUGUUAUUGUCUCAAACUUCAACUACUUCUACCACCGUGAGACAGAAGGUGAAGAGCAGGCACAGUAUCUGCAGGUCAACGUCUCUAAAACCGAUUCUCAAGAAGAGCUGAAGGGUAGUCGAAGUGGAUCCACCAUCAGCAAGUCUGAUUACAUGGAGAUCCAAGAAGGUGUAAACAACAGCAAUGAUGACUUUCGAAGAGACGAGGAGAAUCACAAGACAGCAAACUGCACUCUAGCCAAUACAAAUUAUGUUAAUAUAAAAAAAAUGCUGACAGAUGUGUAGUCAUUUGGGAGAAGCAGAGUGUCCAAACUGAAUUAUUAAAAGACUGCUUCAGAUUGUCUACAUUCUGAAGCCAUUAAGCCAUGCCUAAAAAAGGAUUGUGAGGUCAGAGCGCCUCAGUUGUUGACAUUAGAUUUCUGAUCUCUCUCCCAUUCAAAAUAUAGACUCUCUUAGGUCUGUCCACAAUUCAAGUAUUUAUCAAUGUUUGCAUGUAAUUGUCUCUGUCUCAUCAAACUCCUAAUCCAGAGAAAGAGCCAAGUAUUCAUAUGAAGUAAGAGGAGGAUUAAACUUUCUUAAAAUUACAGAAAUAAAUGACAGCACAUAGGUAUCUAUAGAUCUCCAUCAAGCUUCUUACUCUACAAGCCAAGCUUUGCCAAAGAAAUGUAAUUUGUGUGCUUCAUCUGCUGUUAAAACAUUUAGUCACAUUAAAUAUAUGAUUCAAGGAACAUACAGUACAACCAAGAUUAAUCACAGAAACUUCGUCCAUUCUGCUGCUCCUUGUUGAAAAAACAAUAUUCAAGAUGAACGCUAAGUUUUGCAUUAUUUUUGAAUGUUUGUAAUUAUCAUCAUACUGAAAAUGUCAUUGAAAACUGCCUGCUUCUGUGUUGUCCUGUAUUCAAAAUAUGUUUAUCUGGGAAACACUUGCACCUAUUCCUUCACAAAAGUCUUACUGCAAAGCUUUUGUAGACAAACUGAAUGUCUCUACAUGUCAUAUUUUAUGUUAUUAUUUAUAAUCUGUUGUGUCCUAACCAUUUUAUUUUGGCUUAGGCCACGUCCACACUAAUAUUUUUUCGAUUGAAAACAAUAAUUUUGCUGCAUUUAUGCCUCUCGUCCAUACUGUAACUAUAUUUUCCUCCACCAAAAACUGAAACUUUCUAAAACGCUUUCCAAUACCACAUACUAUGGAACACUAUGAAGUUAGGAAACUGUAAACUAAUUUUUCAGCCAAAACGUAUUAAGCCAGAAACAUACUCUAUGCAAAUACGUGAACGCAGAUGCUUCUAACUAUACGAGUGUGAUUUUAUUCAUUGUUGUGUUCCAAUUACAUCAUACCACAAUUCAGAACUCAGCACAAGUAUGUGUCGCUCUCUUAACGUUGCCACAAGGGGCGCUAUAUCGUACAUUAGAGUGAACUGUACAGGACAUGUUAAAAGAAAUAUGUACAAAAUAACACCCACAGAAAACUAAUUGCAUAAUGUAUUUAUUGUAAAAGCAUGCUUUCCGGUGUAUAUUCCAUUGUUUCUGCCAUAAGAUGCAGAGAUAGACCGAAAUAUAGUUGAUAUUCAAAUUAAUAUUCAAAUACCGCCAAAUGAGCCAUAUUGUAGUUCACACUGUAAUGUCCCCAAGCAAAUUGUUAGCUUACCUAUACACUAGAGUUGUAGCAAUGGUGUCAGAUUAUUUUAAAUCACUGGCUUUGCUUUUCGGCUUUGUUUAUCCUCUUGAAAUCCUUUUCAGAUGUUAGAACAAUGUUGGUGGAGCUUGUUGGAUAUUACAUCUCCUUUUUACUGCCUUUGAUCGAGAAAGGCACAAAUGUUAUAGUAUUGCAUGACCACGAAACCAAUCGUGGCAUGGAUUUUCUGCUCAAAAGAUGGUGAAAUCCAGAAUAGCUAAUAGAUAUUAUGACAAUAUGCCUAGAUCUGUAUAUAUUUACAUAUACAUUUUUAUCUGCAUCAUAUUAUUGUGAUCCAAAAUGUGCUGCUCUCUGUUUUUAAGUGUUGUUGUUGGAAGGCAUAGGGACAGAAAGAUACAGUAUACAUUUAGUGUUCGAUUUGGAAGUAAAGUAUAGCAUUAUAUGGCUAUAGUAAGCUUGUUCCAGCUGCAAUCGCAAUGGUACCGAUCGUUUUAGCUUAGAGUGACCUUGACUUCAACACUCACAUCCACCGAUCUAAGCUUACAUUUGUCUCUUGCGAUUAUAAUGAAUCAAUAGAAAGUCGUGAGCUUAUGAAACUAAGGAAGUUGAUAAUGGAUUCUUUUUCACUGACUUCAACAGAAGUUUUUUGCUCUAGUUGUUGGCUCCUUAAAAUAUCCUCUCCUUCAACUUGCAUUCAUUAUCAUGGCAACAAAAUGUUAUCAUUUUCAUGUUCUUUGUUCUUUACUCACAAUUUCUUGAGAAUUUCUUUUGGGACAUGACUGUGUCCCUAAAGAAGGCCUCUCACCCAUAUAUAUUCCACUUUAUCACCUGGGUUGCAGAUGCCUUCGUCUUCUUCCCUGUAAUAGUUUAUUUUAGUGAACUUUAUCUGCUGAAGCUGCUAAAUUGAUAGCAGAUUCUGCUUUCACAGCUGCUGCUAAUUGUAUGUGUCUUUUUUAUUCAGACAAGAACACAGACAUAAUUUCAAUGGGUAGUUAAAGGGAUAGUUCAUAAUUUCUCAUUUUAUCCCUUUAACAGUGGUGUCAUAAACCAGACCUACCCAAACAGAAAGCCAGUGCCUCAGAAAUGUAUUGAACUUACCUUUUUCACUUUAAUGCAGGUAAACAGUAGGCUUUCUAUGCAUUAUACUGGACAGUAUGCUGUUGGUGAGACAGAUGAAUCAUCAUAAUCUACAUGCAUAAACUUUGUCACUGUACAUUUAUAUUUAAUGUGUGGUCAUAUAUUGUGUUUUUGUUUGCAGGCAGCAUCGAAUGUCAGGGCUAACAGUACCUAUUUUUAAUCCUUUCUGAAGGCACAUUUGUGGAAUCAUCGCUUUGCUUGCAGGUGCACCAACAUCUUGUAUCACAUUUUUAUUUUGUUUUCAUUUUCUAAAUGUCAUUUGAAAGGCUAAAUGACAACAAUGAAUGUCACAGUGCUCAUUUGUAAGCAUCUUAUAAAUCAGUCCAAUUGUUACGAUUUAGAGAGAUGCAAAUCAUCAUCCGCAAUCUCUUUUUUUACCUUACGCUGUUCACAAAUGCUAAAACAAUGACAAAGAUAUCUAUUUGGCUAUUGGUUAACAUAAUUCAAAAAGUUGUGUCAGAAUUUCUUUAAAUAUAUAUCUUUUUUGUUUAAUAUUUUUUGGAAUAAUGUGCACAAUGCGACCAAGACAAGAGUUCUAAGACAUGAAUAUGUAUUAGGAAUGUAAAUAAGGUCAAUUUUAAUUUAAUGUUGACCUUAAGAAUACACUGGUACUGUCAUGUGAUUUUAAUUACAUUUAAGUUGUGGCACCAUGGUUUGAUUGCCUUUGGCCUUAAGUAUGUAUAUUCGUAGGCUGCUGUGAUUAAGACACGUUGUAUAACUGUCCAUCCCAUAUUUUGAAAAAGACAGAAAGAAAAAAUGAAAGAGACCUCUCCUAUUGUUUAAUUAUGCAAUACAGUGUCUGUGUGUGUGUGUGUGUGUGUGUGUGUGUGUGUGUGUGUGUGUGUGUGUGUCUGUGUGUGUGUGUCUUUUGGCAUGUGUGUAUAUCUGUGUAGCUCUUCAGACCCUAUACUGUAGCUUGUGCUCAACAGCCAGGCUGAGGAAGUCUAGACUUAUACAACACCACAAUAGGUAGAGUUGAGUUGAAGUCUAUUUCAACCUGUUCUUGCUGCAGAGGACAAGGCUCCAACCCAAAGACAUUCUCUUAAACAUUUUGCUGUCCCAUUAGUGUGAUCCAGUGUAUAAUAUUCACUCUACAAUAUAAGACAACAGCUGAGAAAAGCAGUUAAUGUAUUCAGCAUUACAGGAUUUAAAAGAUGCACUUUACGAGUACCUCCAAUGGACAAUCAAUGGACUGAUAAAUCCAUAUAACACAACUGGUCAAUACUGUCCUACAGCAACAACAAAAAUGAAGAUGAUAAAUGAAAAAGAAAAAUGUGUUGCCUGUUCCUUUCAAUUGAUAUUUUCUGUCUCUGUUUGAGUCUGUGUAUGAGUUUACUUAGCUAUACUUUUAAGACAAAUGUGUCCCACAAGUUAGCUAAAUUUGACAAAACCUCCCUUUGGGGACAGUUUAGGAGGUUCUCAUUUGAAAAAUAAUGUAAAAAAAAUGUUUUUUUGUAAUUUGUAAAAAAAAAAAAAAAAAAAAAAAAAAUCAUAAAUAA